AUGAAGUUCCUCACCGUUAUCGCUGCCCUCGCCCUGGGCGCCACCAACGUCCAGAGCCACUACAUCUUCCAACAAUUCGGCCUCGGGUCCAAGAAGUUUGCCGUGUACGAGCACAUCCGCAAGAACUCCAACUACAACUCACCUGUCACGAGCCUGUCGUCCAACGACCUGCGCUGCAACGUGGGCGGCAACUCGGGCGCCAGCACCUCGGUCCUCGAUGUCAAGGCCGGAGAUUCCUUUACCUUUAUCAGCGAUACUGCCGUGUACCACCAGGGCCCGAUCUCUCUCUACAUGUCCAAAGCCCCCGGGUCGGUAACCGAAUAUGACGGGUCUGGCGACUGGUUCAAAAUCUACGACUGGGGCCCGACCUUCAACGGCGGCCAGUCGUCGUGGCCGAUGAGGAGUGUGUAA